GAAAUGCGCGUACCAUGACCCUGUUAGAGCCAGUACGUGCCUUUUCUAACCGCUGAUCUAGACGGUGAUCACGUGAUGUCUGUUGACUAACAUGCAAGCUACUUAGAGGCUGCUGUUGACAUGCGAACAAAUGACAUUUUUGAAAGAGCUCGAACAAUUAAUUAGACUGUCAUCCAGCAGUAAUCAUUCAAUUAGCCCCAGCGUUAAUUAAAUCUGUAAUGACCAAACCCGUGCGCAACACGUCUUGUUGUUUUAUUCGCUGCUUUUUCUCUUCUGAGCUUGCCUUAGUAAACCCGAUGCUCGCUGACACCUAACUCCCAGUCCCGUUAGACCAAUGCUAGCCAUGAAGGAGGCCCACGCCUAUAUGGCUUACACUCAGCACUGCUGGAUGGCGUAUGGAAGGGUCAUGAGUUCUGAAAACAAAGAAGUCCAAAAUGAUUUCAUUGACAGUUCAACUGGUAUUGAUAAACUUAUGGACAAUGAGAACCAUGAUAUAAACAAACAUGAAUCAGCAAUCCAAGAUUUGGCCAGAUACUUGUCUUCACAAGAGCCCCACAAAGAUUCCAUGAUGGUUGAUGACAAACAGCCAGUCCACGAGUCCAGCUACAGCAGUGCCCAGACUGGUCAGCACUAUGCUUCUCUACAGGCCUCGCCAGCUUGUGGUCCCCUCAGCUACAGCCAUGAGAGUACAAGUUCAAACAAUAGCCAGCAGUUCUUACAGCACAGAGACUCCUUUGACCAAAGUGCUGGCAUGUUCCCUCAAGCCAGUGAUAGACCUAAUGGAGGAAUGCUCUUCUCUGCAUCCUCAGCUUUUGACAAUGUCCAGCAUGGUGAGGCAGGCAACCUGCAGCCACUGUCAGGUGGCAGUGAGCUGCAGUACUACAGCAGUGGGGCAGCAGGGCAGUACCAGCCUGACACAGACCUGCAGUUCCAUCACAGCCUGCACACUCAGCAGGUCACCCAGGCAGAUUCCAGCAGUUUCCAGAACACAUCCACCCUGUCACACACAUUUUCCCCAGCCUCUGGUCCCCCUCCCCAGUUUAAUGGCACCCAAGAUAACCUGAGCUACACCAUGAUGGAGGUCAAUCACUCAGACUCGGCCAGUCAGUUCAAGGUCUUGGAAAAAAUGCAUGUGGAUGAGCCAGAAGGAGAUUAUCUUGAUGGCUUUGAGUUCAAAGCUCCUGGAUCCUCUGGUGUGCCAAUGAAAAACUUCAGCCCUGAAAUGUGUCAGUCAGCUGAGGCUUCUGGCUAUGACAUGGGCUCAUUCACUCACUCGCUGGCAUGUAAUCCAUUGUCUGACAAUUACUCUGGUCCUAGCUGUGACCAGAACUCAUCAUUUGAUGUCUCCAACAACCAGUACCCUGUCUCCUCCAGUUCCUUUGAUUCAGCUCCAUUUAUUGCCACAAGUAUUGAGCAGCCUGUACAUCAGUCGCCUGCCCCUGACUCGGUCCAGUCAAGUAUUCCAGCGGGUGACUACAGCGCUGAGGGCGGGGUGAGCCAGCUGCCAGGUUCUGAGUUCAGUCUGCAGCCCUCACACACCCCAAGCUCCCACAGCUAUGUCUCCAGCCUGUCAAGCCCCACACAGAGCAGCCAGUUCACUGAAGCUUCACCCUCCUCAUCACCUGCUGGACUAGACAAUUUCCAGGCUAAUCUAGCCAUGGAAAAUGCUCAAACUUCUAAUGGAUUUCAACCCAUAAAUAACUUUACACAGUCUUUGCAAAAUCCCCAAGACCAAAGUCCCUUUCAUAAUGCAGAUGGAGCUUAUGGUAAUAAUGUUGAUGUUUUAAGUCCUGAGCAGCAGCCUGCAGAAUUUCGGGAAAGGGUUAACUCUACUUCCAGUAACAAAGAUAUUCCUGCGGUUAGCCUGCCAGAACAGCAUACUUUCAUGAAUAAUGCUCAGGUUCCAUCCAUGAGUGAGGCCUCAGACAAUUACUACACCCCCAGCAGUGAUGUCAACCUACAUCAUGCUGAUGAGAUCACUAGCACAGCUGGUGGAUUAACUAUGGAGAAUUUCACGCCUGCUUGUGUUCCAUCAUCCAGUGAGCAGACGCAGUAUGCAGAUCACACAGGUGCAUUUAGUCACCUGGACCUGGCAUCUGUUGUCAACUGUGACUACACCAGCACAGACAUGGCAGGCCUGAAGCAUGCUUCACUUGACAUGAACACCACAGCAGAGACCACCAUGUACAGUGGAUAUAACUUCAUAACUGCCACACCCUCUGUAAGCUUCCCUGAGACCAUAGAGACAAGUGUGAACCAGUCACUGGGCUACUGCGCUCCAGGCCUGACCAGCUUGUCAACAAGUAGCCCAGCCUCUCUGAUGGAAACCCAGGCCAUGACAUCACACCCUGUUGCCAUGGCCGGAGAGGGCACCUUCCCUGUGCAGACCAACGACUUUGUCACCACUAGACUUGAGCCUAGUUUUAGUGGACAGACUCACCCAGAGAUUGACCAGUUUCCUCAGCCAAUGCUGGUCCAAGAAACAGAUUUCCUGAAAAAAAUGGAAGAACCAACUGCUUUUCCUUACCCCACGGAGGUUCCCAUGAACACAAACAGCAUCGAGACUGCCAUGGAUAUCUCCAGCAGUCAAGCUGAGAGAAGUAUCAGCUUUGAGGAAAUCCACAGGUCCAUUGUCAAUGCAGGCAAGCAGUUUGCUAGCACAACUGUCAACAACAACAACAGAGCAUUCCCUGAAUCACCAAUGAUGGCCAAAAGUCAGUCUUCUGAGCUGACUAAGCCAGUCUUUACUGCAGGUCCCUCUGGUUCAGCAGACUACACACCCUUGUCAGAGGACUUGACCUUAAGCUCCACUGUCACCUCACAAAGCAACUUUGUCACAGGGCAAACAUUUAGCCCUCCUCUCAAUACAUUUGAUAGCUCAUUGUCCAAUUCAGAUCAGAGAGUCCUUUCUGGCAUCCUUGACAACAUUCAGCAGUUCCCAAUUUCAAGUCAGUCAGCAAUACAGCAAGAAAUGGUGGGAACUCAAGUCCCAAAUUUCCUUGACGCUCCCAGGGUGUCUGUGGCUGAUGCCAGUAUCCCAGAUGGCUCAGCACCCGCGGUGGGGCAGACAACGUGCUAUGUGGUCACUGUGGUGGGCUCCACCCUGGGCUCUCCCAGCAUUGUGGUGGCCAACCCCACCAUGAACCAACCCAAGCUGGUGGUGAUCCCUAGCUCAGCAACCAGUCAGCAGCCAGUUGUACAGAAUCCAUUACUAGUCAGUCCUGUGGGCACUUCCACAGGUGCCAGCUCACUGCUUGCCACUGUCAACAACAGCGUGACACCAAGCUUUGCUGGACUAUCCAGCUUACCUGCUGGGCUUUUUAUACAAAGCCCAGACUCAGCCAAGCCAGCCCUGGUCACCAUAGCAGGUAAAGUGAGUCAGCCAGCAGCUAUACCAAUAAAAAGCAGUUUGCCCACUGUGAUCAUCCCAGCAGGUACUCUAUCCUCUGGAGGCAACAACAAUCAGAAUAGCAGACAGAUCAUGUUGUCCCUGGAAGAGCUUCAGAAAUUGCUUUCCCAACAAAGCCUUUCUCGGCCAUCUCAAACUAUACCCAUACAGCAGCCUGCUGCUUCAGCCACGGCCCACACUCUAGUCUUUCAAAAGCCGGCUGUACACUCAGUCAAGCAGCAACAGCCUCCAAAGCUGCUCAUUAGAAAUGCCACAUUUUCUAGCCAGCCUCGCCACGUCCAACAGCAGCCAGACAAGUUACAGCUUAUUGUGCAGCCCAGCAACUCAUCCCAAAUGAAUAAAACUUGUGAGCUGAUUGUGGCAGGAGAAUCUCAGAAAAGCCAGGCCAGCCUUCAGGCCAGCAGAGAGUUCCAGCAGAAACUUCAGUUGCCCCAGCCACCACAGAUGACAGAGCAGCCAAAAAUCUCUCUCCAGCUGAAAUCACAUGUAGCCUACCAGCCAUCUCAGAACCUGGUCAUUCAACAUGCUCCAUCUGUAGAACAGAAGAGUGCACCCUUCCAGCUACUGGGACAAAAGCAGCAGUAUUCAGCCUUGCAUACCGACCUGAAAACCCCUUACACCCACGUACAAGUUCAGCCUCCUACAGCGACUAAUGUUGUACCCCUGGCCCAGAUGCAGCAAGAGCUGCUACAGCUGCAGAAGCAGCAAGAGCCAGAAUCUGAGUUCAGUGAUAAGCAGCUGAAGCAUCUGCAUCUGCUGCACCAACUGUCCAAAGAGAACUCUGACAGAAUGUGUAGUGAGAAUGUAAAAAAAGAUUUCAAACAUCUCCAUGGUUUGCUGACUAGUGAGAGCACAUCAGUAGUAAAUGCACAAAAUAAAGCACUCCCUCCAGUUCUUAAUUUCCCCACUGCUAUCCAAGGAAACCUUCAGCUAUCAAAUGGGACGACCAUCGGAACAUCCCCAGCCCAUAUGACCCCAGUGAGAACUUUUGCUGCAUCUGUUCCCUCAACAUCAGCACCAUUUUCUUUCCUCAACAGCACACUUCCUCCAGGUGCACUCAACCCAAGUGGGCUGUCAAUACCAUCUCACAACUCCAACACAAGUGCCCCACUGACAACUCUGGCAUUUACAAAUGUUUUCUCUUCCAAUUUCUUGUCCAAGUCUUUUGAGACCAAGGAGGUGAAGUCAGAGGUGGGUACCUCCACCCUGUUUUCCCUGCCUCACCAAGCUCACAACCCAGUACACCUGGCAACUGAUGCAGCCCAGACUCUGCUAGAGAACACGUCCAACCAACAGAACUCUCUACUGGCCCAGAUUCUGAGGGACAAGAAGAGAAGCCAUUCACCUCUCACUGUUGAUAUUGGUAGUCCACAAAACUCAAACUCUGAAGCUCCUUCCCCAUUAUCUUCCCCCCAUGGGUUUGAAGAUGGAAACACACAGUCCACUUUGAUCCAGCGCUCAGAAGAUCUUCACAUCAAGUCUGACACUCUGCACAGUGUCAACGAUGAUGACGAUGAUGAAAACGCCUCAUUUUUUGACAUGAAUGCUUUCCACAAGCGGCCAUCAACGGAGGAGAUCUUGUCCACUCGAGGCAAGGAUGAAAACGUCCCAAUGAAAAUUCUCAAGGGCUCCCUAAACGCAGAUGCUCGCUCUAGCAUCCAGCCCCCUCCCUCCCCUGAACAUGCAUUUGAUAUUGGCAGUGUUGUCAGCACAGCAUCCAAUUUUUCUUUUGCUUUUGGAAACAAGGAAGACAACUUGGAGGUGUUUACAUUUGGUUCUACUGGGACCAACAUUAGCACUACAGAUACACUGCUGAAUGCUGUACCCAAAUCAAGUGUGAAAGGUGCUAGUGUCAGCAGGACCAGUGUCCCUACACAGUCCGUAAGGCCUCAGACCAGGAAACAGAAAGAGUACAGUCUAAAGGCUUACUACUCCAGCAAGCUGGACAACAUUGAGCUGAAGAUUCUUGAACAGCCAGAGCCACAUCAUCGUGCUCGUUACCAGACUGAGGGCAGCCGUGGUGCCAUCAAAGAUGCCAGUCAGCAGGGGUUUCCUGUCAUUAAGCUGAUUGGCUACAGUAAACCAACAAAACUACAAGUUUUCAUCGGCGACGAGUGUGGGCGAGUUAAGCCUCAUGGCUUCUACCAAGCUUGUCGGGUGUUUGGCAAAAACUCCACCUCCUGCACAGAGCAGGAGAUAGAGGGGACAACUGUCAUUGAAAUAGACAUGCUGCCUGAAAAUGAGAUGAUAGUCAAACUUGACUGUAUUGGUAUCCUGAAGCUGAGAAAUGCUGAUGUUGAGAGAAGGAUAGGUCCCAAGCGAGCUAGAGACAAAAAGAAACACAAUACCAGAGCUAGACUGGUCAUUAGAACUUUUGUAGAGAAAGUUGAUGGUAGCCAGCACGUCUUGCAAGUUGUCUCAAACCCUAUUGUUUGUACCCAACCAGUUGGUCAGCCAGAAAUCUCCAGGAUGAGCCUCACAGAGUGUACCAGUGAAGGGGGGCAGAGCUUGUUCAUCAUUGGCAAAAAUUUUAAGAACAAAGGAACCAGUGUGCUUUUCCAGAAGCUGGAUGCUAAUGAUGAGGCAAUCAUAUGGCAAGCUGAAGCUGAAAUAGAGCAGGAAUUCUUCCAGCCAACUCACCUGAUCUGCAAGGUGCCGCCUUACAAAGAUCAGCUGAUACUGGAGCCAGAGCAGAUUCAGAUUGUGGUUAGUUGUGCUGGCAAGAAAAGUGACUCCCAUAGUUUCUACUACAAGCCAGUUUAUCAAGUGGCACCAAUAGUAAAGCCAGAGGUUCCUAUGGAGACUGACAGUAUUUCAAGUACCAAGACUUUGUCCUUUGUCUCACCUGAAGCUCUUCACCUCAACAAAAUGGUUCACCAGGCCCAUGUCCAGUCCUCGACAUCCAACUCUGUGUUUCAGCUCCCACCUGGGACCAUCCCACACCUGCGCAGUUCACAGACUGUGUUAGAUAACCUGAGCGCACCAGAGCCUCAGAAGCCUGUCACAGUUACUGGAUACUCUCCAGCCCCUGUGGGAGUGGCCCAUGCAGUGGAUAAGUCGGUCCUCAUUAAAUCAGAAUCAUACUUAAAAAACAUGUUGCUGGAGGAAAACUCAGACAACUUGUUACUGAGAUCUGAUGCUUUUGCUGGGACAGAUAUUAAGCCAGCAGGUAUAGCAUCAGACACAAGCAAAGCUCCUCCAGCAACUUACACAGUAGUUGGGGAAAGUUUCUCAAACACCACAAGCAACAACUCUGUGCUGUGUCACAAUGAAGGCACCUCCACACCAGCAACAGUUUCAACAAAACCCAUCUUUGUGGUGGUGGAUUCUGAGAGACUGCAGUUAGAAUCAGGAGAGAUGAUUGGCACCAGCUGUUUGAGGAAUCAAGAGAUGGCCUACAAAAAAUUGGACAUCACUUCAACAGUUGCUACGACUUUUUGAGGCACAGAGUAAACAAAUACAGUAAAAACUUACUUGGCUGUUGAGCUGAAACUGAUAUUUUGACUGUUCAUUGAUGAAAUUGUUUGUUACCAUGUUGUAUUAUUUUAUGUAAAGACAGAUUGUUUGCUAAAGAAUUUGGUUCAUUAUGUUACUUUUUUUUUAGUAUGUAUGUAUGAUUACAGAAGCUGAAUGUUUUUUCUGUAUUUUGUAAACAUGCAGUAGUAAUCUGAACAUGUUUGUAUAAUCUGAAGUUUUACUUCUCUUUGUUGUUGACCUGUAUAGUGUGUUUUUCCCUAGAAUGUUUUUGUUCAUUCUGGAGUUUGGUUUAUAAACCUUUUGGCUUGCGCUACAGCAUUAUUUAUGUAUACAUCAUCAUGUAUCUAUUUAUAGCACAAGUAAAAUACUCUAGUUUUUAACUAAACUGGAAAAUUUAGCAUUUUUUAAGCCAAAUAAAAGAAUAGCUUUUUCAGGCUACAUUAGAAUGUUUUAAAAGGUUACACUUUGUUUUCACAUUCUCUUCAGAGCUUUUUUGAGUAUUGCUGUUUUUGCUUGGGAAAAUAAUUUUUAAAAACUUUUUUUGUCUUUCUUUUGAUGAGCCUGACAGGUAUUCAUAAUUUGCUGCACAUUUAAAGCACAUUACGAUAAAAUAAAUGGCUUGAAAAAUCUCAACAAGUAUAAAAUAUUAAGUUGGGAAAAGUAUAUAUUAUGUAUAAUAAACCAGGAAACAAGUUGUGAUGGCUUGCCCCAGGCCAAGUAUUAAUUGUUUUAUUUGUUCCUGUUAGUUUAACCUUUACAGUAGUAGUUUUUACACAACUUUGUGAUUGAUGUGGAACAUUCACAUACAUAUUUUUAACAGCAUUUGCUAUUCAGUUGUUGCUUCUUUUUUAAUUAAUUUCAAGUGUACAUUGUAUGGAGGUUUUUAUGUUGACGAUGAAUUCGUUGCCCACAUUAGUGUUGACAAGAUAAUUCCAAAUUUUACCUCAAAUGUAUUAUCCUAACUUAUUUUAUGCUUUUCUAUUUUGAAACUAUCAUUAUUUAAAAAAUCCAUCAUUCAGUGAAACUUAAGUUGUUUAAAGACAAUUUAUUAUUCACAUUUGUUAAUCAAGUUGUUAAUUUUAACUGAAAGGUGAUUACAGAUUAUGAGUCGUACUAAAUAAAUUAAAUUUUAAGAAAAUUUCUUUAAAAUUGUAUGCUUUUUGAGGGAGGGAAAACUAAUUGCUCUGCUAACUAUUGUCUGAGAGAAGAUCAUAUCUUAAAUAUUGCUCUCUCUCUCUUCCCCUCUCUCUCUCUCUCUAAAUCAUUUUCUUUAACUGAGUCCAUUAUCAAAAAAUUUUGCCUUCUUAAUGUAUUGAGUAUAAAUUUUAAAAGCUUUGGGGUAAAGUGCACAACCUGUCAUGUUUUAAAUUUUGUUCAAAUUAUAGACAAAGAUUACUUGUUGGCUGAAAUUCAUUAUUUUCAUACAUUUUUUUAAUGUCAAAAUAUAUAGUAGUAAAAUCAGCUGAGUCAAGAAAUGUUUAAAUUAUAAUUCUAUUGCAAUGUAUCUUAAUUUAUUAAUAUAAUUAAGGUUUUAAAUAUUCAGUUCUAUUAAAAUUUAUUUUAAAAGUAUGUUGACUCCACUUUGAGCAAUGGAUUUAAUUAAUAGUAUUUUUUAAACUUAACUUUCAAGGGAAAAUAGAUUUUUUUUUUAUAGACAACUUUGUUGCCACUUUAAUUUUUUCACAUGGCCUUUUUUUUUUGGUCAAAUUUGCUUUACCUAUUUGAGUAACGAUUUUUACUGCAUAUUUCCUAGCUAAUUGUUAGAAAUAACUGUCUUAAAUAGAAUGUUUUAAAAUCGAAAACAUAAUCAAGAUUUCUAUUUGUUUUGUUUUUUUAUUUAUGCCAUUUUUCAUUUUUUAACAAGAUGCACCCUAAAUGAAUGGUGCUUGCUUAUUAUGUUUUUUAAUGGUUAUGUUAUUAGCCUAGAUUUAACUUUUUCAAAUCAAUAUUUACAACAAUUCUAUUGCCCUAAUUUUUACAAUAGUUUUAGUUCUUACUGUUAUUGAAAAUAUUUUUUAAAGCUGAUUUUUAGUAAAAGGAACUUUUUCUUUUAUUUUCAACUCUCUAUCCCGUUUAAGUACUGCAGCAAUAAGCUAUUCUGUUCAGCUUUCCAUUUAGUUUAUUUUUUCAUUAUUCUGAAAGUAGUGACUCUUCUUUUAACCUCUCAGAGUUGGUCAUGAAGUUUUAAUUCUGUUCGGUCAUUGGCUUGUCUCACUCCUACUGUUGAAAUUGUAUGUAUAAACCAAUUUGAGGAAAAGCUGUUGAUUUUUUUAAAAUUGUGCAAUAAGCGUAUUACAAAAUCAAUCGACUUAAAAUUAUGUAAAUAAUUUUCAACUAAAUAUAUGUACAUAUAGAUCUAGAUACAGAAAUGUAGUUAAUUAUAUUUUCAUUUUAUUGUAACAUUUUCCCGAAAAUCCCAAACACUGUUAAAAAAUUUCCCAUCACUCACUUAAAAAUAAUUUAUUUUCUGAAUACAUUGUUACCUUUAAAUGUUAAGAUAUUUAAACAGAUCUGUAGAGGUAUUAUUUUUAUUUCUUUGCUGUAUUGUUUGCACAUUUUUGUUUGUUCAGGGUUAAGAUACACCCCUAGCCUAAGUGUAAUGAUAGUAUCUAUUGUUGUAUAUAUAUAUAUUUUACAAAAUUAUGUAAUAAUUAACUAACACCAUUAGGCAAAGGUGUUUCUAGUAUUUAAAUAUUUAAAUGUGUAUCCACUAAUUAGUAAAGUCCAUUCAACUUGUAAAUACAAUUGCUUAUACUCAUUAUACAGUUAAUAUAUUAUAACAUAUUUGAAGUUGAAUGAUGUGAAAUCAAAUUGUUAAUUUUUGAAACUUGUUUACAAAUACAUUUAAUAGCUGCAUAGUUAACCCAUCUUUUCACUAUUUACUAUUAGGAAUCAAAACUACAAGUUCACUAAAUAUGAAAUACAUAGAUAUUAUUCUUUUUAACAAGUAAACAUUUGAAGUAUUAUACAGAUUUCUAGCCCAUUUAAAUGAAAUUUUGGUUAUGAAUAUUAGUUUUGAUACAUACACUUAAGAUAACUAAAGUCUCAUCAUUUUCCUAGCAAAGCAAAAGUUGCUGAGAGCAUUAUAAAAAAAAUUUUUCAAUGAAUCGAGAAUUUCAAUUGUUAUAAAAUUGCAGUUGUACUGGUUAUUUUAUUUAAAAUGUUUUCCUUCAGAUCAUAAAAGCAUUUAGUAAAUCAAGGCCAGUAAUCAUCUACUAUCAUUUUCAAUAGGGAAGGCAAUUUUUGUUUAUGUAGAAAGUUGUUUUUUGUUUCUUUUUGAGAUGGGACCAAUUCAGCAUGAUGUAAGGUUUAUUUUGUCUUGACAAUGUCAGAAUUAGAAAUUCCAGUAUUAUCAGAAACUAUUGAAACAUUGUAAUGAUCUACUUGAUUUCUCUCACUGAAAUGUCUUCAAACAUUAAUUGUUAAAGCUCACUAGCAUUGUAAAUACAUUUCAUGUUCUGAAAUAUGGUAAAAGUUAUUUAUUAUGUUUGAAAUUUUAUAUAAGUAAAUGUUAAAUGUCUUUUAAAAAUCUUACACAGUUAACCAAAGCCAUAUAAAAAGGUUAGCAUUUACCUCUCUAUAACUUCAUGAACAAAUAGUGUUACCCAUUUGGCCUUGAUAUUUUU